AUGACCAACGACCAGCACAUUUGUGAAGGCGGUAAUUGCAAUGGUUGCACACAGCCAGAUAAGGAGGAGACUUUUGCGCAGCUGGAAAAAGAAAGAUCUGCGAGAGAGAAUCAUUGUCAAAUUGAAAGGCGUCGUAGAAAUAAGAUGUCGGCUUACAUUAAUGAACUCUGUGCAAUGGUACCUUCCUGUAGCUCUGUGUCAAGAAGGCCUGACAAGCUGACAAUACUUCGAAUGGCCGUGAGCCACCUUAAGACCCUGCGUGGUGCAACUAACAUUUCUGAUGGCUACCUUAAACCCUCUUUCUUAUCUGAUCAGGAGCUGAAACACUUGAUUUUAGAGGCUGCUGAUGGGUUUCUGUUUGUUUGCCGAUGUGAUACUGGUAAAGUUAUGUAUGUCUCGGACAGCGUUUCACCAAUAUUGAAUGCAACUCAGUCGGAUUGGUAUCACCGAACGGUGUAUGAUCUUUGUCAUCCUGAUGAUGCGGAUAAAAUUCGGGAACAGCUUAUUGGAGUACAACGAACUUCGUCUUGUGCUGCACUAGGCCUUGAUUCGCCCCACGAAUCACUCACAAAUGGCGCUGAUUAUAAUAAGUCCACAGACUCUUCGACUGGUUGCAUAACAUCUCGUGUUUUGGAUUUAAAGUCAGGAAUAAUGAAAAGGGAUGGAUCAGCUAAAUCACGCUGUGGACUCUCUGACGACCGUCGUGGCUUCAUUUGUCGAAUGAAAUUGGGCAGCCCAUUACCUACUCAGGCAUCUCCGUCUGCGUCUACUGUUGCUCGUCAGGCUCGUCUUAGGCAUCAACAGAUUGUGCUCUCUGCUGCUGACUCCUUAAAUGGCGACAUUGGUGAUUUCGUGGCUGGUCCUUUGCAACAGCGCUACGCUUUAAUGCACGUCACGGGGUUUGUCAAGAGCGCUCCCCCAGCCGUUGGGUCACCGAGCACAGUCAAUGCAGAAGGUUUCUCGAUUGCGCAUUCGUCCACAGACUUUGUCACUUCACUGUUGGGUAUGCUGUUCUGUGCUUCCACACCAUAUUUUAUCCCUUUUAUUGGGAUGAAUGCUAGGAGGUAG